CUUUCAUCGCUAUAACACCAUCAUGACCUUCUUUGACACCCUCUCUCGCUCCUUCGCUGAUGUCGAUACCUCCAAGGGUACCGACACCAUGCAGUUCCUUGAAGCCUCCGAAGGACUUGUAAAGAUGUUUGACCUUCUUGGAUCAAGCGCUUUCUCCGUCGUUCAGAGUGAUAUGAACGGUAACAUCAAGAAAAUCCGAGAACGUUACCUCUCCAACCCUACUGCUAACGAUACUCUCGAAAACUUGUGUGCCACUGAGGCUCCCGAGAAGAAGAGAACCGCUACUGAAGGUCUUUUAUGGCUCAACAGAGGUCUUGACUUCACUGCCAAGGCUUUGCGUCGUAGCGUGGAUGAUCCUAGUGAGGAACUCAACGUGUCCUUCACCAAGUCUUACGAAGUUACUUUGAAGAAGUUCCACAGCUUCGUUGUCAGACCCGUCUUUUCUCUUGCCAUGAAGGCUUGCCCUUACCGCAAGGACUUUUUGGAGAAGUUGGGUGGUGAUAACGAGACCACUAAGCAACAAAUGACCGUAUGGUUAUCUGCUCUCGAAAACAUUGUUGCCCGCAACAAUGCCCUCUUCCAGUCUCACCCUGAAUACAUUAAGGGCAUGUAAGGAAAAACUUGCCCUCCAUACCUCCAAAGGAAAAUCUAACGACAUUUAGAUCAAACCCCCCCCGUACGAGUUUAUUUGACGUAUAAAAAAAUAUAUGCUGUGUAUUAAAGCCUAGUAUUCUCCUUCUGAGUGGGGUCGGUGAUGCAAAGCUCAAUUACAUUAGAAUAGAUAUGUGUGCUACAUUGGUGGAUAUCAAAAAAUAAGGCCCAUGUCCUCCGUGUCUCUAUUGUGAAUGCUCGAUGAC